AUGAAUUGUUUUAAUUGGGAUUAAGACAGAUGUCAAAUCGCGAAAGAGAAAAUUCAAAUUAAAAUAAAAAAGAACAAUGAAAUUAUAUACUCUUAAUCUGAUGUAGAAAUUUUAAGAAUGUAAACUGAAUUUCUGAAUUUAAUAGAGAUAAAGCGAAAGAAAAUUUGAGCUAUCCUUUUUUAUUAAGUAAUAAGGGCUAGAUCAGAAAACUACAAUGGAUUGGAGUAUAGAGAUAAUACAAUAGAUAAUCUGUGAAGUGGAGUUCUACUCGGUGUGGAGAAGUUUUAAGAGGAGUUGGUGGGAAUAGUUAAAAAUUAGGAAAUUGAUAUACAUUAAUGAUGGCUUGAAGUAAGGAGUAUGGAAGGAGUUAAUUUAGCAAUAUUCGAGGUAUAUUCUGCAAUCACUUUUAUUAUUAUAGUCGAGCUAAAUUAUAUGAAAUUGUAGAAUGCUUGAAUGAUAAGAAAAAGG